CUUGCGAAGUUAAAUAUUCUAUUCAAAUAUCACGUGAUUAAAUUGGCAACUGGAGAGACAGGUUGAUACUUGAUUUAUCACAAUAUUCUUCAAACAUUAAUUACACAUUGAUUAACUUUGGCUAAACCCAAAUUUAUAACAUUAAGAAGAUAUAAUCAGAUAUGUUUCGCGAUCAUCAUCAAUUUCCUCCCUAGCAUUUGCUAAUAUUUAUCAGAUAAUAUUAUUAAUAUGAUGAAAUCCCAGCUACCCAUUCACUUUAUUCCUUCUCAUUUAUCAUUAAAUAGCUUUAUCCAAUAUAAUUUUAACAAAUUAAUUAAGCAUCAGGACUCAUUUUUUGCCAUAAAUCUCAGUGAAAUCCAUAUUAAAACUUGUUUAUGGAAAAACAUUUUCCCCAAUAUUCUUCCUUAUUAUGAUGUCUCAAUUAAUUAUGACCCAAGCAUUUUAAAUUUUUUAUCCUAUUGUGACAUAGGAUUUCAAUGCAAUUCUAAAAAUGACAUAGCUCAUGCACAAUUAUCCAAUGAAAUGAAAGAUAGUUCAAAACCGCUUAUUUUUCAGUCUAGAUGUCUUUUGGAAUCACAUAUUAAGUCUGCCAAGUUAAGCAAAGUUCCCAUUAUGACUUUUGAAAAUCUAUCACAAUUACAAAAGUUGACUCAAUUUUAUCCUAACUCUAAAUUGCUGAUAAAGUUGGAUGUGACGAAUGCCAUAUUAUAUAACUCUAACAUAAAUUUGGACAAAUUUGAGAAAUUAUUAAGCAGUGUUUCAGAUAUUAUUCAAACAUAUCCUCAUAUUGUUGGAAUUUGUGUCACAUCACAGGAAAUAAAAAUUUUUGAUAAUUCACUAAAUGGUGGACAACAAGCCUUGAUAUGGUACAAACAAUUGUUUGACGCAUCUUUUAGAGCCUUGGAAUUGUGUGAUCAAAAGUUGAAUCAAAAUUAUAAGCAUUGCACAAUGAAUGCAUUGCAUUUUGACAUACCUGGUUUUGGUGAAUGCCAAAACAAAAGGACAUUAGAAAAGAUAUCGUCUUUAUUUGUUGAUCAGCUUGACCAGUAUUCAUAUCCCCAAAAUUUGAUGGUUUCAUCUCAAAUUACCGAUUUCUUAUUGUCAAAUCAUUCCGCGUGGUCUUUUGCCACUCCCAUUAUAUCUGUUAGACCUACCGAACGCUCUAAAAGUUCGAAAACAUUGUCAAAUUCACCGAACCCCAGUGUUUUUAUCAAUAACAGUGUAUACGAUGUCUUUGAACAUUUGUUUGUUAAUGAAGAUCGAUAUGCGAAUAAUCGAUCAAUGGCUGAUGAUGGUUUAGAGGACAAAUGUAACAACAAUAACUGCGAUAACAAUAAAGCUUAUGUCAAUGUUACCACUUUGAAAAUCGGACAAGAUUCUGAGUUAAACGGCUUUUUUCCAAAACGAAACGCUCACCAGCUAUAUGAUAUAUACGGUUACACUGGCUUGUCUGAAGAUAAAAUUGUUACGGAUUUUGGAUCUCACUGUGACUUAAACGAUAGUGAUUGGCUCUAUUUUCACUUUGACUCUUCUAAUUACGACAAUUAUGAGGAAAGGAAGAACAAUGCCUCGAAAAAUCAAACCAGAUUAAAAUACCAACCUAUGGUUAAGUCGAUAUAUUUUGCUGAACAUGAUCAUCGGGAUAUGAUUACCGACUUUUUGAUAUACAAGGGCAACGAAUCACGAAAUUUUGAUCAGGAGCAUAAUUCUCACGAAAUAAUGCAUUUUGCAUUAUAUGAUGAAGAAAUUGAGCAAUACGAUGAUUCUACUAUCGAAAUAGAUAUAUAUUUAAGUAGAUUGUUUGAAAUGGCGGAUAAUACAGAAAAUUUACAGCAGGGUAUGGAUUUUAUUUACAAGCCAGUCAAUUUGGUUGAAUCCAUAUAAAAAUUUACUCUUUACACACUUUUACUAACUCAAAUUUAUUGAUGUGAGACUUAGAACCAAUUUUAUUCAUCAUCUCUUGAUUUUUUUUGCAGUUUAAUAAAUUUUGUUAAAAUAAAUUAACAUAAAUAGCAUAUAUUAACACCCAUAAUUUACCUAUCAACCAUCCCAGUAAAAAUCCACAUUUUUAUUUUAUUUUUUAAAUUUAGAAUUUUAAAGUCAAAUGAUUAUUUUUAAUGAUUUGUAAUCUUUAUGCCAAUAUUGAAUGGGUUUAGUUGGGGUUUUCGCUCCAAACUUAUAUUUCCUCUCGAUCAAUUUUACAUUCAUCAUUAUUUUUAUCGACACUUGAACAGUUGCAUAAUAGCAAAUAUAAUUUAAAAAUUAAAUUAUAAAUUUGUAAUUGAUGUUUUUUAUUUCAUUUUUAUGUUUAAAUUUGAGCGAAAUUAUUAUUUUUUAAUAUUAAUAAUCAAUAAAAUAAUGGUUUUGGUUA